UGUGAGUGCACUGAAGAGCAUGCAACAGACAACUUAGUGCAACUUUUGAUCACACGCAUCAACCUUUGUGCACCAACGGGAUUUAACUUUUGGGAAAGGAGACAUACAAUUUCUGUAUAUCCGACCACUUCUUAUUUUUUAUUAUUAUUUCUUAUUAAAAUACAGUAUCGUGUCUUUUUUUUCCACUUUAACAACAUCAUAACCAGCACUUGUCUUAAUUUAUUAUCGCCAUUUCUUUAUUUUUUUCGUUCUUUUUAAAUACCUUUGCUAUUAAUUAAUUUGGACUACUUUAUUAGUGAAUAGUUGUUUUAAUCGAAAUUAGUUAUUCAAUAACAACUUUCUGGACGCGUGGGGACUGUCAUACAGCAGUCCUGAUUUCUGAGCAGUCGCGUGUUCCGCUUUUGGUUUAAUCCCUCUGAAAAUGAAGCAUUUGAAAUUUGUGCUCUUGUUGGCCAUCGCGGCCAAUUUUUGGGAAUGUGGUGAUACGAAAUUCGGCGAGAAAGGAGAAUUAAGUCCAAGGAGGAGGAGAUGUUACGAUGGAAGUCUGCCGAAACGCCUGAACAAGAAGGAGAGAAAACUGUCACUGGACGGAAGCGACGGAGGGGAGGUUUGUCACAGGCUCUAUCCUCGCGUGUCCUGCUGUCCGUCCAGGAGGGCUCCGUAUCAGAUACUCCAUCGGAGAGAUGCUCGGAUCUUCUCAACCAAUAACACAGAGUGUUCUAGACUGCUGCAGGAGAUUAAGUGCGCCCAUUGCUCACCACAUGCCCAGAUGCUCUUCCACUCGCCCAAACUUGAAAAAGCACCACACAGAGAACAAUAUCUACCCCACUUAUGCCACGACUACUGCCAGGAGUUCUACUACACCUGCCGGGGACACGUACCAGAACUGUUCCAAGCCGACGUGGAUGAGUUCUGCCAGUACUAUGGAAGGAAGGACGGAGGCCUGUGCUUUCCAGAUUUUCACAGAAAGCAACUGCGCCGAGAUUCCAACUACCUGUUAGAUGAAAAAAUAGAAGUGAUUAACAGAAAACAUAAACACAACUGCUACUGCACUCAGGAGAUCCUUAGUGGUCUUCGACAGCCUGUUGGCAUGGUGCAUUGUGGGGAUGGAUCACAGCGGCUUUUUAUUUUUGAGAAGGAAGGCUUUGUCCGUAUCCUAACACAUGACAUGGAGCUCUUGAAAGAGCCUUUUCUGGACAUUCAUAAGCUGGUACAAAGCGGUAUUAAGGGAGGAGAUGAAAGGGGCUUGCUAAGCCUUGCAUUCCACCCCAAUUAUAAGAAAAAUGGAAAGCUCUACGUCUCCUACACGACCAACCAAGAGCGCUGGGCUAUCGGACCACACGACCACAUUCUUCGUGUAGUCGAGUACACUGUGUCCAGGAAAAACCCAAACCAGGUGGAUACAAGGACUACUCAGGUUUUAAUGGAAGUAGCUGAGCUCCACCGAAAGCAUUUGGGAGGGCAGCUCCUCUUUGGCCCUGAUGGGCUUCUGCACAUCUUUUUAGGUGAUGGCAUGAUCACUUUGGAUGAUAUGGAGGAGAUGGAUGGUCUGAGUGAUUUCACAGGAUCUGUCCUUCGGGUGGAUGUGGACACAGAUUGGUGUAGUACUCCUUACUCUAUACCCAGAAACAACCCCUAUUUCAACAGCACAAAUCAGCCCCCUGAAAUCUUUGCCCAUGGACUGCAUGAUCCAGGGAGGUGUGCAGUGGAUAAGCUCCACAUGGACACCAAUGGGAGUCUGCUGAUCCUGUGCACAGAUACUGUUGGCAAAAAUACGACAACAGGCAGGAUCCUACUGGUCAUCAAAGGGAAAGACUACGAAAAUGAGUCAUCUAUGUUUGAUUUGGGGUCAAAUGAAGGUGCCGUCCCAGUUGGUGGAUUCAUCUACCGGGGAUGUCAGUCAAGAAGACUUUAUGGAAGUUAUGUAUUUGGAGACAAAAAUGGGAGCUUCAGAAUUCUGCAGAGGCCUUCAGAAGACAGGUCGUGGCAAGAGAAGCCUCUUUGUCUUGGUACUGGCAGUUCCUGUGGUUCCUCGCUGGUAGGCCACAUCCUGGGGUUUGGCGAAGACGAAUUAGGUGAGGUCUACAUCCUCGCUUCCAGCAAAAGCACGGCGAUAGAGUCGCACAGCGGAAAACUCUACAAGUUGGUGGACCCUAAAAGGCCACAGGUCCCUAAGGAGUGCAGACGGCCAGUAGAGGAUCCGGAGAUGCUAAGCACCGCUUGCUUCCGUGAAUGCAAGAAUGGCCACUGUACACCAACUGGCAAGUGCUGCUGCAGUUCUGGCUGGGAGGGCCCCUUCUGCUUACUAGCCAAAUGUGAACCGGCCUGUCGCAACAGCGGUGUCUGCGUGGAGCCCAACAAGUGUCUCUGCAAGGAGGGAUUCUCUGGCAGCCAGUGCGAGAAAGGAGAUCGAGGGACACAAGGGGACGGUGAGAAAGACAGCAUCCUGGAGCACAUCAUUGACAUGACGUCUUACCUGCUGGACCUCACCAGUUAUAUUGUAUAAAAAGCAGGGCAGGAUGAUAACGCGCUCUUCACCGGUUGGCAGACUAAAUGUUACAGAGGCCUUUCAAGAGUUUGCCUUCAGGACACCAUCCCCAAUCUCCAACUGCCCCUCAUCUGAUCCUCUCCCACCACUGUUUCAUAAGCCACAGGCUUUGAUCUCCAUGCUCCCCUACACCAUCUGCACUCCCACCCCUAUGCACAAAUACACACGGAAAACAAUAACAGGGUGGCCAAUGGAACCUCAACGCGCAUAGCUGAAGGGGUCGCAUGUUGGAGGUCCCACGCAGGGCUCCCCAGUUUUUACUGCUGGUAUGGUAUGUAAAGUCUGGUCCACUUUAAAGUCAAGUGUCCCUGCAAGUGGACUCACAAAGCACUGGAAGCCCCACAUGAGACCAACUCAUGUUCGGUCCAAUCCCAACAUGGGCACCGGUUUGUACUACAGGACUAAUUGGGAUUUUAGGGAGUCAAGAAUAACAACUCUCCUUUAGGAAAGUCAGAUGGACAGUCUACCAAACUGAACUGCACCAUAAAGAAAAUCACUGCCAUGGAUUCACAGUUUGUUUGAAGAACGGAGAGGAAGUAGCUGUCAAUACAGCCGCAAAACCAUACAACAGACUUAGUCUUAUUCAGCUGGUCUGUGUAUAACUGGAGAAUCAUUAUGAUGGGACUUGAUGCCAGUUUACAUGCAGUUUAGAAACAGAUCUGCUAAAAUGUCAUCCAUGAUCACUGAGGAUCCUGCAGAGUCAAGCUGAAUAUUGGUUGUAUCCCAUUGAUGUUUCAUUUAGAUGAAAACAUCAAGUGAAAUGUAAAUCUAAAAGAAUGUUUGGACAGUCACUUUGAUUACGUUAAUUUAAUACAUUAGUUGGAGAUGACUGGUUUGCGGAGAAACUACCCUGAAGAGGUAACUGCUCUGGUUUAAGUUGCAGUAUUAGCUAUAUAAUUUUCCUACAGUUGUUCAUGACCAUGCACGCUGCUUUCAUUGCAAAUUGUAUAUCUUAUCAUAUUUUAAAAUGUUCAUAUAUCUUUUUUUUUUUCUGUGUGAUAUCAAGCACAGAAGCUUUUUUUCAUAUGGAAAACCCUCUUAAGGUGAUUUUAGCAAAUAAUAGUCUUUUCACAGAUUAUUUGACCGUCACAAUGGGAAACUUCAUGUAAUGUUAUCCAUAUUUUUUUUUUCUAAACACCAAACCAUAUUCAGUUUUGUCAUAUACAAAAGGGAACAAGACUGGUGACUGGUGUACAUUUCAUAUAGUACUGUACUGAGAUACGUACUACUUAGAUUUGCCAUUGUUUUAAUAGAGGAGGGUUUAUUUUUUUAAGGAAUAAUAUAUGGGAGAGGAGCAGUUUUGCAUUAAGCCUGUAAAUUCAUUUUACGUACUUUACUAAAUACUUACAUGGUUCUGUUGACAAUACCACAUCUAUAAAAGUCUAAUUUAAAGCUAUAACAUUGUUCUCUUACUACAAGAGUGCUUUAAAAAAAAAUAGAUCUUUCCUUCUGACUAUGUGAUGUUUCUGUAAUACGAGGCUGAAGCUAUAAUUUUAGAGGCAGUUUUUUUUCUGACCAGAAGAGGAUGUUAAAUACGGUCUAUGAUCUCAUCAAAACCCCAUAGUAUCCCUCCAAAAACUGAUGCUUUAUAGAGAAAACUGUUGUUGGUUGAACGCUAUCCAGUAGAUGAAUUAUCAAAAUGCACUAUAACUCCAAAUAUAAUUUUUCCCAUACUUCAUCAUAGUUCCUCAUCAGAUCUUUUUUUCUUCUUCUUCUUUUUUUUUCUCAUAUGAUUCAAACUAGUCUAAAAUGGGACCACAUUCUAUUCAGCUUUAGGCUUUAGAAAUUUGUAGUCAGAGAGGUCAUAAAUAUUACACAGCUUUCAUUGAGCCUGUUUUCGAUGUGAUUCUUGUCAUUGAAAGGUUACAGUCCCCUCUGAAAUAUUCAGGUGUUUUUGAUGUUUUUAGUAUAAUCACUUAUUCCUCCCAAAGACAAGUAUAUCAACAACAACCCCCACUUGUUUAUGACUUUCCAGUGCAUUUUAACAUUGUUACAGGUAAGGAAUCCAUGCUGUAAAUCUACUCUAUAAUUUUAGCACUUAAUGUGAAACCUGCAUUAGAGCUGCUGGGAAGGUGUCAUGUGAAUAGAGUAACCCUGAUUCUUUUAUUAUUUAAGUAGUUACGCCUUAAAGUUAUUUAAGUUGUCUACAAUGUUUUAACUGUUGUAUGUGAAGAAAUCAUUUAUUGUAAAUAACUAGGUUUAUCUUGGGUUCUUCUCAGAAAUAUCAAUGUUUAUUAAAGUGUAUAGCAUGUUUGAGAACUUAUUG